GGUGACCACGAUAAACAAUUUCAAACCAUUUCCGCAGCCAAGAACUCUCAUCGGACCAACGAAUUUCAAUUGGAAAAUUAAAUAUUUUCCUGUAAAUUUCCACCAUGGAAUAUACCUACAAAAAGGAACGGAGAAAUUUCGGCCACGCCGUGAACUUUAGUAACAAAGAUGAAGUACUCUUCUCGGAAAACUCCAACCGUGAAUAUUCCAAGGCUUAUAUUCUUAAAAACCCGAUCGAUCGAGAGACCCAGUAUGCCAAUCAAAUGUCCUUGAGUGUGGCAAAUACGGACAGGGCCACAUAUAAACACACAGGCAUCACUCACAACGAGGGCGGUUGGCCCAAGGACAUCAACAUGCAUGACCCUGAACAGACGGUCAGAUAUAAGCGUAAAAUUGAGAAGGAUGAAAAUUAUAUAACCCAAGUAAUGGGUUUGACCCGACCCAUGGAACAGUAUAUUUUUCAAAAUAAUGCCGUGAAUAUUUAUGAGAAUUAUUUUGAUGAUUUAGAACCGGCACCAUUGCCGGAACCAUGUCGUUCACGUACCGUAAAUGUUUAUAGGGAUCCAAAUCCCAUAAAAGUGCCGGUAACCCAUCUAAGUUGGUCCCCAGAUGGUGGCAUAAAAAUGGCGGUCAGUCAUUGUGACAUGAAGUUUCAGGGUGACAAGACAGGACAGAAAUGUAAUUCGUACAUUUGGGAAAUCGAGAACCCCAAUGAGCCGUAUUUGACACUGGAACCCAAGGUGCCGUGUGUGUGUUUGGAGUACAAUCAGAAGGAUCCCACGAGUUUGGUAAGCGGCAUGUACAAUGGCCAAGUGGCUGCCUGGGAUACUCGUCAUGGCAAAUAUCCCGUCAUGAUAAGUGAACGGGAAAUAUGCCACAGAGAUCCUGUCAAUUCGGUUUUGUGGAAUAACUCGAAAAGUGGCACUGAAUUCUUUUCGGGCGGUUCAGAUGGCCAGGUUUUGUGGUGGGAUACAAGGAAGUUGAGUGAACCCUUAGACCGUUUACUAAUGGACCCGGUAAAAAGUGAUGAACAAGAUUUAAGCCGGUCUUAUGGUGUAUCGGUGUUGGAAUAUGAAACUACAAUACCAACCCGCUUCAUGGCUGGCACGGAGAUGGGUAUGCUAUUCGGUUGCAAUCGCAAAGGCAAAACGCCCAUUGAGAAGAUUCAAUUGAGGAUGAUGUGUCAUUUGGGGCCAGUUUAUGCCAUUAUGCGUAAUCCUGCCUUUGUCAAGAAUUUCCUAACGGUUGGAGAUUGGUGUGCCCGCAUAUGGUCCGAGGAUUGUCGGGAAAGUUCAAUAAUUUGGACGAAAAGUAGUAAUGCCAUGUUGACUGAUGGAGCCUGGAGUUAUACAAAGGUCUCACAAUUUUUCAUAACCCGCAUGGAUGGUGUGUUGGAUACAUGGGAUUUGUUGCAACAACAAAACGAACCGGUAUUGACGGUUAAAGUUUGCGAUGAGCCGCUCUAUUGUGUUCGCACCAAUGAGAAUGGGAAAUUUGUCAGCUGUGGCAGUAAAUUGGGCGCCACAUUCCUAAUUGAGGUUUCCGAGAAUAUGGUGGCAUCGAACAAGAAUGAUAAGCCUCUGCUAACAGCGAUGUUCGAAAGAGAAAAUCGCCGUGAAAAAAUACUCGAAGCCAAGUCACGUGAAAUUAAAUUGAAAGUGAAAACAAAUAUGGGCCAGGACCAAGGGGAUCUGACAAUGUUGAAUGGCAAGGUCAAUGUGGCACCAUUUCAGUCGGCAUGUGAACAAGCCGAGGCGGAAUAUUUUGCUGCUGUUGAACAGGAACGUUUGAGAAGGAUACCCGGCAACAAGCAGGACAUGGACGAAACUGAGGUCUCUGAUGCGGAAAGUGCUGCAAAAAAUUAAUUAUUCGGAAAAAUAGUAGCAUUGAUUUAGUUUAUUGUUAUGUAAAAGUAGUUUAGUUUAUUAAAACCAUU